GACUGGGUCGGACAAUCUCUUCUGGACCGACUCGGACUCUGACAUGUCUUAUCACCACUAGAGUGAUGUUACCAGUUAUGGAUGUUCUCUCGGUGCUACUUCUGCUGUAUGUCGUGGGAGCCGUCGCGGGAUCGGGAUCCGGGCGGCUGAGGUUUUCCCGGAUGGAGCAUGAGCCCCGGGUCUACGCCGCCGCGCCCUCAGGGCUCCUCGUGGCCAGGGUUCGAGCCUUCGACGUCGACGACCCAAACGUGAUGCCCUUCUACCGUCUACUGGGGGACUCCGUGCCGGCCAGCGACGCCCAGUACUUCCAGAUACAUGCAGAGUCUGGCAACCUUACGACUAAACGAUAUAUCGACCGACCAACAGGGUCUGUGUACAACGUGAUGGUAGCUGCCUACAACAACGGAGACACCGAGUAUACAGAGCUAGCCAUCAAAGUCACAGAGUACAACAAGUAUCCACCCAACUUCCGUUCCCAGAACUACAAGGUGGACGUAGAACUUAUAGCUCCUGUCGGAACAGAGAUAAUCAAAGUGCAAGCUCUCGACAACGACCCACAGCACUACAACUCGGAAGUUUACUACUACUCUCAGUCUAGGGUUGUGGGAAUCAAUCGAACAACAGGGGUCAUCUCACUGAGGGAGAACCUGCACCCUAGGGAUCGCACCCUGAACGUCAAUCUCCUGGCGUUCGACGGCGGAUCUCCCAGGAGGUCUGCGAGGUCCAAGCUUACCAUCAAUGUCAAAAUCAUCUCAGCUCCAAGAGAUCUCUCCGUGGAGCAGACUGGGGACCAGUGGGCGAUGCUUUGUUGGUCCCCUCCCCCCAGUGGCAGUCCCCUCGGCUACGUCAUCUACCUGACGUCCACGACGGACUUCAUGUCUGACCGCGCCCCCAGCGUCUCUACCCAGAGGAACAUCACUAGAGAGGAGCUGGGGUCGCGAGGAGGCCGUGACUGUACGGCGCUCGCAGAUCUGGAGUCAUGGAGCGACUUUGAGGCUCGCAUCGCAGGAUGGGAUGUCAACGAACUGGGCAUGAUUAGUAGAGCUAUCUCCUUCGACACCAAAGUCAAUAGAACAUGCUACAAUUUAAACAACAGCCAGUUUAAGUGUUCUUGCCUGGCGGGCUUCUACGGAGAAGAUUGCUCGAAUUUCAACCCUUGUUCAAGCACUGUGUCUCCGUGCCAACAUGGAGGGACUUGCACCAGCUCAGGAAGUAACCAGUAUGUCUGCGAUUGCCCGGCAGGCUACCAAGGGCAGUCCUGUGAGAUAUUCAACCCUUGUUUGCAAACCGCGUGUAAAAACGGAGGAAUUUGUGAAAACAAAAGUAGUACUGAAUUUGGCUGCACCUGCCCCUCUGGUUAUACUGGAAAUUUUUGUGAGGUGGAAAUAGACGAAUGCGAAUCUUCCCCCUGUCUAAACCAAGGAAGAUGUGUCGACGAAAUAGCUGCCUUCAGAUGCAUCUGUAUUUCAGGAUUCGAUGGAGAUUUGUGCGAGACAAACGUCGACGACUGUCUUUCCAGCCCUUGUCUUCAUGGAGGCACGUGUGUAGAUUUGGUGGACGGACAUUCGUGUACUUGCAUCUCAGGACGAACUGGCCCUGUAUGCGAAUUUGAAGUGAAAGAAUGUGCCUCAACCCCUUGUAAGAACAACGGAACUUGCGUGGAAGAUACCCCUGGAUACACUUGCGUCUGUAGCGCUGGAUUUGAAGGCGAUUCUUGCGAAGUAGAAAUAAACGAAUGCAGUUCGUACCCUUGUCUAAACGGCGGUACCUGCAUAGAUGGUGUAAACGACUUUAGAUGCACUUGUCUGCCUGGGUUCACUGGACGACGAUGUGAUAUUAAUAUCGACCUUUGCUCAGAUUAUCCUUGCCAGAAUGGAGGGACAUGUAUACAGUUUAUCACAGAAAAGGAAGCCUACUUCUCUUGUCAUUGUGCUGCUGGGUUUAGUGGCCACUCUUGCCAUCAGAAAGAAAGGUGUCCUCCUGAGAUUCAGCCCACCAAGAAAGGUACAUUUAUGUGGCCGGAGCUAGAGUUUAACACGACAUUUCAACUCGAAUGUCCUUACGGAUCCUCAUCAAACGCUUCUCGCGAAACAGAAGCUGCACAGAGAAUCGGCAAGAAAACCAUCAACAAGGAGAACCCUGAGAGGCAUAGAGAUGAUGGCAGAGUGCAGCACAGACUCUCAAGGAAUGGAAAACCAUUUGCAGAAAGGACCUGUAUACUAUUGAACGGUUCUGCAGUCUGGGCUCCAAUACGGGAUCAGAACUGUAGGGAAGAGGGUUACUCCAACGCUGAACUAAUGACAGAACGACUUCAUGCUCUGACAAAGUCUCCAUCUUUGAUCAACGGUUCCGUAUUUCUGGAGGUGGCGUCUCAACUCAGGCAGAUUCUAUCUUACGCCAUCAACGAUAGGAAGAUCGCGCGCAGUAUGGUGCACAUUGUAAGCAGUAUUCUAGAAAUGGAGAGUUCUGUAAUGGACCGUGCAGAUGUCAAUGGUUCAGUGGCAUACUCCCUCGUGGAGACACUCAAUUCCUAUACUGCGCAUGCACACUUGCCUCCAUCAGGGCCCGGCCUAGCCCUCGUCUCCCCUAACAUAGCCCUACACAUUAGACUAGUUGAGAAAAACUUCGCAUCAUCCAAGCCAGGAGUAAUUUUUGCUCCGAUGCAGGUCUCUGAGGAUGUCACGGCUAGUCAGCUAACUAGCUCACGUAAACAGCAAGUAAACAUCGAAGUCCCUCAGGAGGCCAUUAGAGGAGUACCAUCCACUGAAAAAGUCCGAGUGCAGUUUGUGUACUACAGAAACUCAAAACUGUUCAAAGACCGGAGAAGAUGGCGCCUGGACAGGGACUCGCCCGUGCUGAGCGCCAGCCUAGCCAACACCACUGUUGCCAACCUUAGCAGUCCUGUGCGCUACUCGUUGCCAACGUCAGGGUUUCCUCGAGGUCACACGUGCGUCUACUGGGACACAUAUGGGAUGCAGUGGACAACCACGGGAGUCAGAACUAAUGUUACAAAUGGCUGGGUGGUUUGUGAAGCUGAUCAUUUGACGGCGUUCUCGGUUCUUCUGGACCCCCACCCUGGCAGAUACCUCCCUCAUGACCACGAGGCGGUACUGACUGCUAUCAGCUACUUCGGUGCUCUCUUGAGCAUCACGGGACUUCUCCUUACAGUUCUCACCUACUCGCUCUUCAGAUGCCUGAACAGAGAUCGGUCUGGCAAGAUCCUGUUGAACCUUUGCAUCUCCUUACUCUUCAUGAACAUCUCAUUUCUGGUCAUCUCCAUCAAGGAACACAUCGGUGUCUACCAGCAGGACCUGUGCAUGGUUGUGGCGAUGCUGGUCCACUACUUUGUUCUGUCCUCGCUGUGCUGGAUGCUGGUUGAAGCUGUCAACAUGUAUCAACUUCUCAUCACUGUGUUUGCCUCCUCAGAGACGAGAUUUAUACUGAAGAGGAUGCUAUUUGCUUGGGGUGUACCUAUGUGUGUUGUCGGAGGGACGGUGUACUACACUGGGUUCCACUACUACAGAUUCCGCGACCCAGAAUGGUGCCUAUUCUCGCCCUCUAGCACUGCUGUGUAUUACCUUACAUUUGUGGGACCAGCAACCUUCAUCCUCUUCGUCAACACUGUUGUGUUCCUGAUGGUCACCCGGGUCCUUUGUCAGAGACGCAACAUAUCCAAGAACGGACAUAAAAACGAGGACGGAGUCACGGCAGCUCAGGUCCGCGGUGCGUUCACAGUGAUGACCCUACUAGGAGUGACUUGGAUCUUUGGAGUGUUUGCGGUCGGAGAGCUCAGAUUGUUCUUCCAGUACGUGUUCAGCGUCGCCAACUCUCUGCAAGGCUUCAUCAUCUUCUUGGUGAGAUGUGUCCAGUACCCCGAGGCACGGAGGGCCUGGGGAAGGUUCCUGAGAACUGGUGAGCUCAAGAGCUACAGAGGAGGCAAGGGUCGCAGCACCUCCACGAGACACACCUCCUCAGGCAGCCAGUCCAGAAACACCGGGACGGUUAAGGGUGACAUCGCAUGGGGAGGAGUGAGAUCGAGGAAUCAGCAAGAGCGGAUGAGAGAGUUGCGGACAGAGAUCGUGCGGCCCCGCAACAAGAACUCCGUCUCCGCCUCCUUCACCCUGCCACGACCCUCCGCCGCACCACAACCCAUGCACGGGUCCAUGUCUCGCAGCAGAAGUCUCCACCUGGAGGACAACAGCUCCAAGGAGGGCGACGACACCUCGUGGAGGUUCAUCGCACCCUCAGCACCACCUGCUCCUACAGACCAGGGCUAUGGCACUGCUGAGCACUCCCCCGAGAGUCCUCGGCAGCAGCCCCGGCGCCAGACCGCGGCCCCGCACCUUAGUGUGUCGACUCCUGAGCGACUCCACUCCAGCCCUUGCCACCCGUCUGCAGGACCCUCCGCCCACAGCGAGAGCGACAUGGUAGUCCCUCCGGAGUUGUACCCUCCACGGCGCGAGAGUGACGCCACCACCACAGAACCGACCUCCACAGUAACCUCCCCAUCGCCAACCCCUUCACCAUCAACCACUCCUACCGGGAGUCCUUCUCCUGUCCACGUGUGGACUCACAUCCCUCCCCAUAAACCUCCCAAACGACUCCACUGUGAGGAGCUCCUCUAGAACGGGGCCAAACUGUUCUCACCUAGUCAACCUCAUCCCACCUGUAGGUUGCCCAGAGGUCACAUGUGCGAGCAGCUGAUAUAGUCGGGAUGGUUUUGGUAACUUGAAUCGCAUAUCCUAGUUUAAGGCAGGACAACCUAAUUUAAUUAAACAAUUAAUUACGUUCUAGUUAAUGAAAUCGUUAGUUGCGGCCACGAGAUUUUGAAUAUUGAAGCUUAAGCUAGUUAUACUACGAGGACCAAUGGUUACGUUUUUAUCAUGAUUAAAAUUAAAUAACAGCCUUUUGACUAUUGAUUAUCCUAGCUGCAUGGCAACAUAUUGGGUUAAAUUAUUCAGAAUAACAUACAGAGUAUUAUCUACAGCAUUGAUAUGUUUAUGUUUAGAUAUAUAAACCAAAAUAUUUGGUAUCAUGUAACGACAUUCAAACCCUACAAUCAAAUAACCACUGAUUGGUUUUAGCUGACCUGUAAAAUAUUUGAUCCUCCAACAAAUCGCCGAAACAACUUCUAAACUGUUGAACUUGUGAAAUAAAACAACGAAAAUAUCUAGAACCGUUGAAAUGGAAAGUUAACAUUUUUACUGUGUAUACACCAAUUAAAAGCUCUUCUCUGUUUGAAAUUUUUAUAAAAAAAAACAACAUUUUUCAGGGAAAUAAUUUCACAGGUUUAAUUCAUUAGCAACGUUUUUUAUUCAUAGAAUUUUGUUG